GCGUCCAAAUCGAGUUGGUUGCCUCGAGAAGCGCCGCGUUUUGGGGGGAGCUUUUCUUUUUUGUCAAAGCCACUGUUUUCAGUUUAAGUCACUUUUUUCCACCCCCGAGACCGCGCAAGGAGUCAUCGCAAUGGAGACACCGCGAAGACCCAAGAGACAUUGAGAUUCGCGGCCGUUUUCUUCCUGCGUGCGUGUCUCGCUUUUUCUUGUCUUCGCUUCCUCUUCAUACUUUGUGCUUUUCGGCUUCACCUCCCCGAGUGUACGAACCCUUCGUUUUCCUCUCUUCCUUCUUCCCCGCUGUCUCUGAUUUCCCUCCCUUCUCUCAGCUUCACUCUUGACACGCGUCCGCCCGUUGGCGUCGUCGCGUUUGUUGUUUUCUUCCCUCUCUUUCCCUGGAUUUCCCCCUCUUGUUUCUCGUUCGUUCUGGGCUCCGUCAGUCGACUCUGUGCAUGCAAAUCGGUGGCGACCUCAUCGAUUGCCUGCCGUUCUGAAAAUGUCCUCAACUGGGUGGUAGCCGUGGCAUUUGUCUGCAGGGGGGGCUGCGGGGUGCUUUUCUCGCGUUGUUCCUCCGUAUUUCUCCCUUUCAUCUCGAAAUUUUUGCACCAAGGAGUUUCCUUGUCUCCGUCCGUUUCCGGCCUGCACGCGCCGGACAUGCUUCCUUCCCUCUCCGCCCUCUCUCUGCGCCAAGGUACGGCAGGUCUUCCGAAAAGGCGCUGACAGAGCGAGAGAAAAAUGGGGAAGCUGGCAAUCCGGGGAUACCCUGCUCCCCUGCAUGUGCUCAAAAGGAACUGCGCUUUCGUCUUUGUCUCCUUUUCUCUCUUCGCGUCUCUGCCCCUUGAGUGCUCGGUUUUACACGGUCCUUCUCAGCCGUUUUCUUCUCCCUCGCUGCAGCCUCGAACUUCUGUUUCUCCAAGCAGAAGGAAAUGCGCUUUGUCUUCGAACGAGUCGCCUCUUUCGGACCCCCCUAACAAUGUCUUUCACUUUGGUCUUGGUAGCGAACUCUCGGCUCACCCUUCUUCCACCCCCUCCCCUCAGCUUCCACAAAAUCCUUCAGAAAACAUCGCGGAGGAAACGCGCGGUGCUCGAUGCCCUGACCUCCAGUCCACGCACCUCAACAGACUGUUGGCCUCUCUUCGCUUGACCUUGUUCCCUGCGACAACUGCUGUUCCACCUCACCCCUGCGCAUCGAUCUCCAGAUCGUCUCUGUCUGCGUCUCCUCUCUGUCUGCCUUCACCGUCUCCUCCUUCGCUUCGUCCCCUGCCAGCUGUCCGCGCUCGCCUGUCCUAUGUGUUGCGGUCUCGACUGUCGAGACAGCAGAUCCGAAAGUCGAUUGCGUUCCUCUCUGCCCUCUCCCUGAGUUUCUCUUGGCGCAUGUCUUCUUCUGGCUCUCCCUGCAUCUCUCUUCCUCUCUCUUCUGGUCGUUCUCGUCCGAUCUCUGCGGCGCGUUCUUCUCUUCGUCUGCCACGGUCUUCCGCUCUUUCUCAUACGCCGCUCGUCUGGCUGUCGCGCCGCCCGUCGAGGGCAGAAACGGACUUGGAGUCUGUCGGAAGCACAGGCAAGGCUGGAGAAAGUCAGGAACGUGACUCGUUCAACGGGGAAGAAGGAGAAGAGGAUGAGAUUGAUUUUUACGAAGACGAAGAAACUCGAGGUUGUGCGACUCAGCAGCUUUUCUUCGAAUCAGAUCCCGAAGGAGACGAGAGUCGAGACGCAAGAAAAAACGACACAGAAAACGAAGAAGAGGGAGACGGAGGAGAAGCAGUAGCAGAGGGGUCGCAUGCAUCCGAUGAGUGGGGAGGGGUAGGAGAAAAGCAAGGCGGACGGUCCAACGGUGGCAAAGACAACAGAGAUUGCGCCUCCUCUCAAGGCCUCAGAAGCUUCAAAGAGCGACGCAAACAGGUGCAGCAGCGCCGAACUGCGUAUCUGCGACGAGGAAAGCGGUUCGGAGCCGCCUCGCCAGAGAUCGUUGGCAAAGACAGCGAAAGAGUGGACAUGGCACUUAUUGAAGAUCUGGCUAGUCACCUUCCUGUCGCAAUACACCGCAGCGGAAACGCGACGGUCCUCAUUGAGGCCGACAUUCCUGCUCACAUCACGCAAAGAGUCCAGGAUCUGACGAUUGCCCACCUACGAACAACGCUGCGGGUCCCUGGAUACCGAAGCGGCUUGGGAGAGGUGCCUCUCUCAAUGCUUCAGUAUUACGCGGGUGGUGUAGACGCUGUCAAGCAGAGAGCUGUUCAGGCGCUCGGAGAUCUGCUUCUUCAUCAAGCCACGAACAAAGGUGCAAAGAUCAUUGGAACUCCCCAGUUUGUCCAGGCGACCGACGAGCUCACCAAGAAGUUCCAUCCCGGACAGUCGAUGAAGAUUCAGAUCAGAUGUGAUACGCUGCCGACAGUCAAGUUCAAAGAGAACUACAGAGGGCUCAAGCUGAGAGUGCCUAGGCCGCCUUAUCCGAAGGGUCUGUUGUUCCAGAAGGCUGAGGAGAUUUUGGCGAAGAGGCAUGCGCAUGAGGUGGAUUUUCCCGAUGACGAUAGGCGCGCCAGAAUGGGGGACGCCGCAGAAAUUGAGGUCACUCGCGGAUGGUUCGAAACUGGCGAGGAGGCACGAGGAGACGAGAUUCCGACGCAUCUCAUUGCCGGGAAAGUGACGGUGAUCUUGGACAAAGACUGCAACCCGGAAGGCGGCGCAGAGCUCGUGGACGGUCUCCUGGGGAUUCGGAAGGGCGAUGCGCGGGAGGUACGGGUGCCACUGCCUUUUUCUGUCAAGGAAAUGCUCCCUUUUUCUGGCGUCGACCAAAUUGGAAACCUUCCUGCUGGCGCCUCCACGCAGACGCCCUCGCCCCGCGUCUCCGCGACAGGCUUCUUGGAGGGCGAACAGGUUCCGAGCGAAGGCAGUGGGGGCUUGGGAGAGACAGAACGAGCUGAUGGAUCGGGUCUUUCCAUGGUCCAAGCGCUGGCUAGAGAAGCAGGCGAGAAGUGUGGAAUUGGCUUUACGGAUGAGAGAAAAGAGCACAUCCUCGACGAAGACGAAGAGCGACUCGUGCAAACCAUUCUCCACGUCAAGUGCCUCGGCGUCAAACGUAGGAUUCCACGCGAACUCAACGAUGAGUUUUACAGAAAGGUAUUGAAUGAGACUCGAACAGACUUCAUGGAGCGCCUGGAAGCAACUGGCGACGAGCUCGUGGAGGCAGCGAGUGUCAAGGCCCGUCGUGGUGCCGUUGCUGCGGCUCUAGACGACAUCACCACAAUUGAGGCUCCUGAAACGCUGAUCGAAGAACAGGCACGGCUGACGUACAAGCAGCAGCUGAAGUCGAAGGAGAUGGAAGGGCAGGACGUGACUGGCCUAGACACUGAGGAGAAGUACCAAGAGUGGAAAAGCAAGAAUGUCAACGUCGUCGUCAAACUUCUGAAGACUGCCUUCACCAUCAAGGCAAUCAUGAAAAACGAGAAUCUGAAGGUUGACCAAGCCAAGCUGAUGAAAUCUGUCGAGGAGACGUUGAUGAAGUGUCCGGGCCAGAAGCCCGACCUGGUAACGGAGCGCACGCUGAAUCUCAUGGAGUCGCAGCUCGUCUACGAUUUCGUGGCGGACCACGGGGACAUCACGUACUACGUAGAGGAGAGGCCUGUAACAGCCAGUGUCGUUCAUAAAUCUUCCGAUGGCGACAAGUCCUACGGGAUGAAGGCCUAUCCUGCAGGAGCGGAUGUCGAGCGCUACAAGAAGAACCGAGAGGCGUUGGUUGAGGAAAAUGAGAAACUGAAAGACCUAGCUUCCAAAUUUUUCGUGGAACCCGGAGGCAAGAAACGACCACCUCCCCUCAAACCGGAAGACGAGUAGAUGCUAUGGGCCUGACAAACAUGGUCUGUAGUGCACUUUCUCGCACCCGGUCACCCAGCCCGUUUCCGUGACGCGCUUUCAGGUUACGGCUACCUGUGUGCUCGACAGCUCCUCAACGUGCUGGUACAGGUACAUUUUCCGAUGUGAAUAAGGAAGAAACUGCGACAAGAGCGUUUCGUCUCGAGGCCAAAGUAUGCAGGAAAACAAGCUACAUAGCAGGGGCGCCUCUUUUGUGUGGUUGUCAGCGGAUUCGAUCGGGCGUUUUCAGGGCCUAGGCACGGUGAGACCGAGGCUGGGUUUUCUCGGGGACCCUGUUGUCUCUAUGUUUCCUCUCAAGUAUAAGGAGAUACGUAAAUGUAUCAAUGGGUGUUUAUUUGCUGGCUGUGUAAAUCAUGCCUGACCGGUGUAGCCUAAGAUGAAUAGUUCGUCGUAUCUGUUGUUGUGGGCGCUUCUAACUCCUUGCUUGCUGUCUCUUCGCUCCUUGUCUGUUUUAGCCUUGUCGUUGUUCUCGGUGUCUGCCGCGUCUAUCUGCUCACUUCUUUUCUUCUGUCCCCGCCUUCUCACGUCUUCACAGAUCUACCUAAUUUCCAAUUGAAUUCAAAGC